AUGGCGGAAAUAGUCAUCUCCUUCUCCUCCCUCGCCAUCCUCCUCGUCCUGCUCGCCCUCCUCUACCUCAUCGUCCGCCCCCGGCCCGUCCGGAUCCCCAUCGCCGGCCGCCACGUCCUCAUCACCGGCGGCUCCAGCGGCAUCGGCCUCGCCCUCGCCCACCUCUGCUCCCGCCGCGGCGCCGCCGUCUCCAUCCUCGCCCGAGAUUCCGCCCGGCUCGAGGACGCCCGGCAGUCGAUCAAGCUCGCCACGGGCCUCGAUGUCCGGGUCUUCAGCGCCGACGUCAGGGACUACGUCGCCGUGGCCCAGGCCGUGGAGGAGGCCGGCCCGAUCGACGUCCUGGUGUGUAACCACGGGGUUUUCUCGGCGGAGGAGGUGGCGGCGCAGGGGGUGGAGGAGAUCCGGUUCAUGGUGGAGGUGAAUCUGAUGGGGACUUUUCACAUGAUUAAGGCGGCUCUGCCCGGGAUGAGGGAAAAUCGAGCCGCCAGGGGCCCGGGCUCGAUUGCUAUCAUGUCUUCUCAGGCGGGUCAGGUUGGGAUUUAUGGUUAUUCGGCUUAUUCAGCCAGCAAGUUUGGGCUGAGGGGUUUAGCAGAAGCACUACAACAGGAAGUUAUAGCAGACGACAUUCACGUCUCCCUCAUCUUCCCUCCAGACACCGAAACUCCUGGUCAUCUUGAAGAGACGAAAAGAAGGCCAGAGCUGACGACCAUAAUAGCGGCCUCGUCUGGAGCAAUGAAAGCAGAUAAAGUUGCCGAAAAGUCUCUGAAGGGGAUUGAGUCGGGUUCUUUUUCCGUCCCGUGCAAUGCAGAGGGCUACCUUCUCUCGUUUGCCACCGCCGGCUUAUCUCCUCAGAGAUCGUUUCUGAUGGCGUUUGUGGAGGUCAUGGCUGCCGGUGUUUUGCGCCUCGUGGGAUUGUUUCUCCAGUGCAGUUGGUACAAAAGGAUUCAAAAAUGGCAUCUGAUUAAUAGGACUCAUUAA